UAUCAGACACGUUUCGCCACCAGAAUAACUUGAAAAGGAUAAUAGCAGAGUACAAUGAAAUCAAUUGGUGCAAUGAGCAGCAGCACUUCCACGAAUGUGAAUUCAACGGGAUUUUCCGUCUCUUUUAAUAGUUCAACCUUUUUUGAACUUAACUCAUCCGCGUCUUCUUUAUCGCCCAGUGUAAACCUGACUUCGGUAAACAGUUAUGAAGUUUUGGAAGCCACUCAUUUAAGUGAAGAAUGCUCUUUCGAUGAUUACAUUGUGUAUUUGUUUCCCGUUAAAAAUGUUUAUAAUGGAGUUACCAGCAGAAAUCCCAAAGGUGCGAUGGGCUCUUAUCUGGGUAGUUUUCUGGAUCUGCAGUUUAUUUUUUCGCUGCUGCUGUUUUCUGUGGUGAUUGGCAGUUGUGUGUGGUGGAGUGGCGUGUUGCUGCUGCGAAAACUGAAGUUCAGCUCUGGAAUCGAAAGGAGAUUCGAGAUAGUCACAUUGAAAGCUGUCGACUUCAUAUUCGUCAAUGUCAUUUUAUUGCCAAUUGUCGUUUCCAACUUCUUACACGAAUACUUUGUACCCUUCCUUAUCCACACACCCUCCUAUCUCCUCGCAAUGGCCUUCUCUGGAAUGCUUUUUCUGCACCUGCAGCAGUUAUGGCUCGCUUGUAUGGCCAUUCGGAGGACACUGUCACUCGUGUUUCCUUUUCACUAUCUCUACCAUUGUCUGUCGAGGCCUCGAUUAAAACUGACUUUCACUUUAUUCGCGUGUGUCUUGGUGGCAGCCAUUCAACCUUCAUAUAUUGUGGCGAGUAUUCUGUUGCGUGCAAAGAAACAUUGUACCAAAGUAGAGCCACCGACACCUCAACUAGGCGGCAGGAGACGCUCAUUCUUCGUGCAAUUUCCCGCCAAAUCAGUGCCGACAGCACCGUCUCUACUUUAUCUUCUAGUGCCGAACUUCGUAAUGUGCACAUGCUAUAUCCUGCAAGCUCUCGUGGCGCGCAAGCAUCAUUUAGUGAUUAGAUUGAACACGACUAUAAUGCCGAACAGCGCCGGGAUAGAAGCGAAUCGGAAGACGACCGGUCGCUACCAGAGUGUAAUGGGAACGAAGCACGAAAGCCAUCAGAUCAAUUGUCCCUUGCAUAGACAGCAGGAGUUGAGUGUUCAUGAAAAGGCUAAAAGAUGGUGGAAAAGCAUGCAGAAAUACAGAGGGAUCUUGUUCAGUCUCUCCCUUUCAAUUGUUCAUACUGCAACGCAAUUGUGCGCCAUACUUAUUUCUAAUUCGAAGCUAUCUAACACUUCACAUUACGGAUUUGUUGGAGAAAAUUGGCUGACAUGGUGUGAGGGGUAUUACUUGUUCCUCUAUCCCGCUCUUAACACUAUUCUCUUUGUAUUCAACAAUAGAGAAGUGAAGCAACAUGUAACUGGAAUGGUCAAAGGUACCCGGUUACCCUCCGAGUUAAACGCAAGAUCGCCGAGUAUUGUUGUUUUGAGACAAGAAAUGAGCGGCAUUUCUCUCAAAAAGAAAUUACGGAAGUUACUGUUCUUCAGAGAAUGGAAAAAUGCUUCCACGCAUGCGUACAGGGGUUCUAGCUCCAGUGGUGACACGAGUGUGUCUAUUGUAUGAAAACGACAAAUAAUAUCCAUCUUUUUUACAAAUAGAAAAAUGCUUUAGAGAUUAGCUAUUUUUGAAUCUCCGAUAGUUGCCAAAGUCAAGUGAGUUUGAUUGGUCCUGUCAAUUUUAUUAAGAUUA